UAUUUUUAAGUCAUAUAUAAAUAGUUGGUAAAUUUUGUUGAGCAUUGUGUAACGGGGUUUAACCCGUUGUAGAGUAUCUCCUAUAAUACCAUUAUGCGCUUAUUACGGCUAUUGGGAAUAGGAUACGUGCUAUCCAUUGGAUCUUGCGCAAUAAUUGUAAAACGCGAAGCACCUCUGCCGUCAUCUGGUUAUAGUCCACCACCUUUCAAUGGAUUUAAUGAUCAUCACCAAGGGCUAGAUCUUCCCGCUUUUUACGAUAACUCAUUUAGUUAUUCACAACCUAAUUCUCUUUCACCUACGUAUGGAGUACCAAAUCAGAGACCUACUUCACAGUAUGGGCCGCCAUCAAAACCAGUUCCCGUUUACGGUCCUCCUCGUCAUAAGUCUAAGAAGUUAAAACGAAAGCCGUCGCCUGUGUAUGGACCGCCAUCCAAACCUUCCCAAACGUAUGGCACGCCUAGCUUCUCCUCUUUUGGAUUUGCAAAUUCUUACAGUCCACCACAAUCUCAUAAAGCGCCAACAAGCUCAAUUACAAGUUACGGACCACCACCAUCAGGCCAUUUUCCCGAAUCCAACUACGGAGUCCCGCCAAGUCCUUCCGCGCCAUCCGCCCAAUACGGCACGCCGUCGAUACCAUCAACAAAUUACGGAGUCCCAUCAACGCCAUCCUCUAAUUAUGGACCCCCAUCUCUGCCCUCCUCAAAUUAUUUACCACUAUCUCUGCCAUCCUCCAGCUACGGUGCACCCUCGGUUUCCUCACAGUAUGGUCCACCAUCAGCUCCCUCUUCAAGUUACGGGCCUCCUAACCCACCAACGUCCACGAAUUACGGAGUCCCAUCAACGCCAUCCUCUAAUUAUGGACCACCAUCUCAGCCCUCCUCUAAUUAUCUACCACUAUCUCUGCCAUCCUCCAGCUACGGUGCACCCUCGGCUUCCUCACAAUAUGGCCCACCAUCAGCUCCCUCUUCAAGUUACGAGUCUCCUAAUGCACCAAGCGCGUCUUACGGACCACCGUCAUCGCAUGGGUUCGGAUCUUCUGGACAGUCGUAUAGUAACAACGGUGGGUACGUCUAUUAAGAUGUGUAUUCGCCAAUUUAUGUUAUGUUCUUUCUUAUAUAUUGGCAUAGAUACUGCAAAUACGUUUAAUAUUGAACGCAAAUAUGUUUUAUUUCGAUUUAUGGAUAUUUAUGUUCCUAUGUACUUUCAACGGAUACGAGAAAUUCUUUUUGGUUUUCGUGUAAUCAUUAUUGUACAAAUUUGAAAUACACGUAUUCCUUCAAAGAUUAGUUUUGUGCAGCAUAGUAAUCAGAAUAAAUAUAGUACUUAGAUACCCUAUAAAAAGCAUUUUAGUUUUAUGU